AACAGAACAAGAGCACUCUUUCGGGCCCCUGACGAAUGCUCACGAACACGGUAACACCGUCUGUUCUCCCAGUUGACAAUACAUUUGUGGAAUCUGUUUUUCCCCAAUCUCGAGUGAUUUUUCAUCAAACAAGUUGACCCUGUCUGCAUGGAUCAAUCCCAAUGAUAGUGUCACGUGAAUAUCAUCAAGUUAAAGCCCGGUGCAUUAAAAAAUAACGUCGCUGUCGAGGUGAUCACAGAAUCAGGAUGAGUUUCCUAUUUGGGAGCCGGUCUUCCAAAACAUUCAAGCCAAAAAAGAAUAUUCCAGAGGGAACGCAUCAGUAUGACUUGAUGAAACAUGCUGCUGCUACCCUGGGAUCUGGAAAUUUACGACUUGCUGUGAUGCUACCUGAGGGGGAAGAUCUCAAUGAAUGGGUGGCUGUUAACACUGUUGACUUCUUUAAUCAAAUCAACAUGCUGUACGGUACUAUAACGGAAUUCUGCACGGAGGAGAGUUGUUCGAUAAUGUCAGCUGGACCCAAGUAUGAAUAUCACUGGGCAGACGGUCACACGGUGAAAAAACCGAUAAAAUGUUCGGCACCUAAAUACAUCGAUUAUCUGAUGACUUGGGUGCAGGAUCAGUUGGACGACGAAACUCUCUUUCCCUCGAAGAUAGGAGUUCCAUUCCCAAAAAACUUCCUCUCCAUCGCAAAAACCAUUCUCAAACGAUUAUUCCGAGUCUAUGCACACAUAUAUCACCAGCAUUUUAGUGAGGUUGUCCAGCUGGGGGAGGAGGCACACCUCAACACAUCCUUUAAACACUUCAUAUUCUUUGUCCAGGAAUUUAACUUAAUUGAGAGACGAGAAUUGGCACCACUCCAAGAGUUGAUUGAGAAGCUAACGGCUAAGGAUGCACGAUGAAUAAACCACUGGUAACACGAGCAAAGUUAAACAUAAGGAAAUUCCUCCAAAGAAUCUCAAUCGUUAUUACUCUCUUUCGUUUCCCAAAACACUCGUAAAUUGAGUGCUUAAUUAAUUUCAUCAACAACAACAUCAGAUUCUCAGAAUGAAUAAGUUCUUCAGAUUUAUUGAAAUUUCUCGAGUAUAGACUCAUGUAUUAGCAGAUUGCUGACAAAUUUUGUAAAAUAAUCGCAUGUCUGCAUUAUUUCAUCGUUAUUCAUCUCAUCCUUCAAAUUCAGUUAUCGAGAAGAGGAAUUAAAGCUGCAUAUUCUUUUUGUAAUUUAUUGUGUUCUUUUUUUUCGCAGUAUGAAAUUGUGGGUUUUUAUUCGAGAGCUCCGAUUUUUUUUUUAUUUUUCAACGUUGAUUUAAUUUUUUUAUUAUUAUUUUUGUGUUGUUCAAUCACUAUUAUUGUUAGUAGACAACUCGGAAAAUUUUAUUUAGAUGAAUAAAUGCAUUCGGAAGGGAUUUUUGAUCUUCACGUUUCUCCACGUCUUUAUUAUUUCGUUCAUGUAUACGUCAUACUGAUAAUCAAUAUAAUGGCCACACCAUUUGAUUAUUACGAUACAAGGUCUGUGAAACAUUAAGCUACUACCAUAAAGCAAGUAAAAUAACUAGGAUAACCGUAACAAGAAUAACGAAAUUAUAAUUAGGUAUUGGGUGUGAGGAUCAAAAGGAAAGAAAAGCUAUAUAUUUUAUAUAUAAAGCCUUUGCGCGAUUUUUCUGGAUACAAAUUUGCCUGUAAAUACCCAAUCGAUAAAAGAACAAUUUUUUUAUCAAUCAGCGUAGGGGCUGCACUGGGCAAAGUGCAUCCUCAUUAAUGUGACGUUGUAACGUGAAUUUAUCGCUUCGAACAAAAAAAUCCAUUGAAGCAAAUGCUUUUAAUUAAAAAAUAGAUGCAAGUAUGAUUUCCGUAACAAGUGGUAAACUAGAAAAAGUUGAGUAGGACUUUCUAUUUAAUCAAAUUUUUUUCAAAUAGAGAAUGCGUUGAAUUUUUUAACAGUGUGUCCUAAUUCAGCACUGGAAUAUUCUGUUCCAUCUGUACUUAAAGUGAUAGAGGGGAGGGAUUCGCUAAUGAGUAAUCUCUCUGUCCCACCAGUUAGAAAAAAAAAUCAUUUAUAUGGGUCUCAUGAAGCUUCGACAACUGACUAAAUGAAUCAGUAAUCACUGACGGAUAGGAUGGAUUGUAAAUUUCAUAACCGAGUGGGGAAGAUCUGCACACAUUAAGAGAUUAUUUGUUGCUAUCUGCGCCCCCACAGAACCCCGUACAAUCGAGCUCAUUAAGCUUUUUAGACUGCAGUUACAACUCUGUUGCGAGAGCAUGCUUGUCUCAUGAUAUAUAAUAUUAAGUUCAUAAGUGACAAUGUGCUUCAUUCAUACCGCGAAUUAAUCCUGAUUGAAGGAUGAAAUAUUGUAGCGAAGAGGUAAACACUAACAGGUGGAAUUUUCGAUGAAUACACCCUCCGCAAUAACUCAACCAUUAUCUAAAUCUACUUUACCUCUGCGCUAUGAAUUGUAAUACGAAGUGUAAACAAGUGAGAAAAACCCCCCGGGGUGUUUUGGAAGAAAAAUCCCGCUUUGAAUCGUUUUCGCGUCAUUUCAAUUUACCUCAUGUCGAUAGUUUGUUUGAUGUAUUUUUUUUGUUACUUCGAGAAUAAGAAAUUGAUAGUUUUGUAUCAUCAACGGUCGUUACUGAUAAUGCCUGUGCAGUGUAAAUAGUAUUAAUCCCUUGGAAAUAAAUGAAAUUGCAAUAUGAA